AAAAACAAAAGAAAAGCUAAGCUCCUCAAGAAAAAGUCCAAGUCUACUAGUAGCAGCUCCACCCUCUUCUUUUAUCUUCUUUUGGUUUUACAAUUGCUUCACCACCUACAUUAUAUACAUACACCCUCUCAAACUUUGAGGCGCACACAUUCACUCGGACGCAGCCUCAAAAGCUAUGGAUUGGUUCUCAUGGCUAUCAAAAACUGGCCUUGAGCCUUCUCUUGUGUAUGAAUACGGCCUUGCUUUUGCUCACAAUGAGCUUGAAGAAGAAGAUAUACCUUACUUUAAUCAUGAGUUUCUUCAAAGCAUGGGGAUAUCAAUAGCCAAACAUAGGCUUGAGAUCCUCAAGCUUGCAAGAAAGGAGAAAGGAAAGAGCCCUCGUGCCAUGGCAAGGGUUCUUGUUGCAAUCAAGAGGACAAAGAGGUGUCUAGCUAAGUACAUAAGGACAUGGAUUCGCAGCGAGGAGUCAGCUCUUGUUCUUCUUCAAAGGCCUGGUUAUGGUACCAGAUGGAGAGGAACUAUGUUGAAGAGGAACAAGAAGUUGAUGAUGUCUAAACAAGGUAGGUUGUUGCUUACAAAUGGUAGCUUUUCAAACACCCCUAUGAUUUCUGCUGGCCCAACCCUUGAUAGUUUUUCAAGCCCUGUGAUUUAUGAUCUCAACAAAGAGAAGUUGGAUCAGGGUGGUGAUGAGGGGUACUGGACAACUGGUGUUGAAGAGAUCAGGUGGGAUACCAUGUUCCAGAAUCUGAAACCAACAUGAAUUGUUAUAGUUUAUCCCCUUUUUCUCUCUCUUUCUUGAUGUCAGUUUAAAUGGUGAGAGAUGGAUUUUUUGUGUGUUCUUCCACCAUUGAGUCUUCAGUCUUGCUCAUGUAUUCAUUUUUUUCUUCUUGUUUUCAUUAGUGGGUGGGUCAGAUUAAGAUAGGAACACAACUUGGCGUCAGGGACUGUUUUUUCUUCUUAUUUUUGUUACAAAUGAAAGGCUCGAAGCUGAAACCUCUCAAGAAAGGGAGGAGAUGAGUGUCGAUUGAGCUGCAAGCUUUUUGGCGGCAUCAGGGUCUGUUUUAGUAAUGAGAUGGUCUCCCCUGCUUUUGUAUUUUGUAGUCUUACUCGCAGACAAAAAGAAAGCAUUAUCGGCUUUUAAUAGAUUGAUUGUUUUAGGA